AUGCGCCGCUCAAAGAAGGCUGACGAGUCCUCCGUCGAAUCAUACUCGUCAAAAGCGUCUUCGCUAGCAUCAUCUCUGAAGUCUGUCAGCCAGGCAGCUAAGAAGGGUGUGGAUGUGCUUACCCGUCCUUUGAAGAGAGUCAAAACUAUCUUGCUCUCGAAAAAAACACGCUCAUCACUACCGUCAUCCCCUGAACCAUCGGUGAUCGAUAUUGAUGCCAUCGACACGGCGACAAAGUCUGACGACGAAGAGGACCUAGAUGCAGAACUUCGUAAGACUUCUACUGAUACUACUAUGUCAGUGCCUUACCGAUUCAAUACAGAAAAACUGAAGAAGAAUUGGCGUUCACCUGUCUAUGCGUUUUUUGACAUUGAUCGUGUUGCUGUUCAGAAUGUGGAUGGUCGUAAUUGCCACUUCUUCCCCUGUGCAGCACAAAAAUGUAAGACGAGAAUUGGAGGGGUUCGCCGUUUCCAGGACUCGAAAGAUAAGGCUUCGACUGCUAAUCUAAAGAACCAUGCCAUUGGCUGUUUCGGUAACAAGGCUGUCAAAGUUGCAUGUAUUGAUAAGCAAGCGCCCGAUGUUACAGUUCUAUCUUUUUCCUUUCACUUCUUCACUUAUUCAUGA